AUGGCGGCCCCACGAUCAUGCCAGCGCUCAUCAAGCGCUCUACACUCGGUCUUUGCGACGGCAAAAGCGCGAAACGUCACUCUCCCCGCCUUCCUCGUCCCGGCAGCCGCAUACCCUUCUCAUUCACAACGCCCUCACUUCUCGACUUCAUCGCAAUGCCGAAGCAAGAUCGGCAAAGCGCCUCUUUCACUUCCUCCUGAAGUCACGUUCAACAUCAUUGAGCCGCCACUACCCAAGCGAGGCAAGGCAGUCAGCCGUGUCGAGCCCACGCGCACCGUGGAGAUUCAAGGGCCCUUGGGGAAGAUGAGCAUGAGCAUACCGAACUAUGUGCAAAUUGCGUCGAAUGAAGAGAGCCGCACGCAUACUUUGAGCAUCUUGAAUGCUGAGGACAAGAAGCAGAAGGCGAUGUGGGGAACCGUGCGCGCGUAUCUGCAAAACCACAUCAUGGGCGUCAGUGAAGGCCACACCGCCAUCCUCCGGCUGGUAGGAGUCGGAUACAGAGCUACGAUCGAAGACAAGGCGGUCACGAAACAACCCGAGUACGAGGGACAGAAGUUCGUUUCUCUCAAGGUCGGCUUUUCGCACCCCAUCGAGCUGGCUGUGCCGCGCGGAGUCAAAGCCAGUACGCCGCAGCCCACGCGGAUCUUACUCGAAGGGAUUGAGAAAGAGGUAGUCAAGCAAUUCGCGGCAGAGAUCCGGGCAUGGAGGAAGCCAGAGCCGUACAAGGGCAAGGGGAUCUUCGUGGAUUCAGAGACGAUCCGGCUCAAGAGCAAGAAGAUCAAGUAG